CCCCCAUAAUAAAUGGCCUCACUCUGCUCCGUUUGGACCCCUCCUUUGGCCUCUCUCACUUCAUUAAACUUCCUCCUUUGCUCUCUGAUUCGAUCUUCCUUCUCUUAUAUCAAAGUACAAUUCAUUUGAAACCAACAUAUAAAACAAAGGGGUGGAUAUAUCUAUAUUUAUAUCAAUAUUUAUCACAUUGGAUUCCAAAGAUCGCCAGAGCAUUUGGACAUUUUUGUUAGAAUGCGCCAGCUUUAUCUCAGGAGCAGGAGCCUGAAGCGCCUGUUCUCUGUCUCCAUCGGCCGGAGAGCCAAGGGAGAAGAAGAGGAAGAAGAAGCAGAGGUUAAGGAAGAGACUGUAAUCAGUCAGCCUCCUCAAAAACCCAGUUGGAGAUGCUUCUCUUUUGAAGAGAUACACCAGGCAACCAAUGGCUUUCACCGAGAUAAUUUGGUUGGAAGAGGAGGGUAUGCUGAGGUUUAUAAAGGAGUUUUAGGAGAUGGGCAGACAAUUGCAGUGAAGAAAUUGACUAGUGCUUCAACUGAUGAGCAAAGGGAGAAGGAGUUCUUGACUGAGCUUGGGACUGUUGGCCAUGUCAAGCAUCCAAAUGUCUCAGCUCUCCUUGGUUGUUGCAUUGACAAAGACCUUCAUUUGGUCUUUGAGUUCUCUUCCCUUGGCUCUGUCUCCUCUAAUCUACAUGAUGAGAAUUCACCACCAAUGGCUUGGAAACUGAGGCAUAAGAUUGCAGUCGGAACCGCAAGGGGACUGCAUUAUUUGCACAAAGGAUGCCAGAGAAGAAUCAUUCAUAGGGACAUCAAGGCUUCCAACAUACUUCUCACUAACAAUUUUGAGCCCCAGAUAUCGGAUUUUGGGCUUGCUAGAUGGCUACCUUCAGAGUGGACUCAUCGUGCCAUCGCGCCUAUAGAAGGCACAUUCGGGUGUUUGGCACCAGAGUAUUUCAUGCAUGGGAUCGUCGAUGAGAAGACUGAUGUGUUUGCAUUUGGUGUCUUCCUCCUGGAGCUCAUCUCAGGGAAGAAACCAGUUGAUGGUUAUCACAAGAGCUUGCUUAGUUGGGCUAAGCCCUAUUUGAAUGAUGGCACAAUACACAUGCUAGUGGAUCCAAGACUAGGAGAAGAUUAUGAUGGUGGGCAACUGAAGAGGCUCACCUUCAUUGCUUCUCUCUGUAUCAGAGCAACUGCAACAUGGAGGCCUUUAAUGUCUGAGGUAUUGGAUCUAAUUGAAGAUGGUGAGAUGUUGCCUGACAGCUGGAAGAUGCCGGAGGAGGAGGAGGAGGAGGAAGAGUUCUGGGGCUUUGAUGAUCUCGAUGAGUACGAUAGCGACAAUCUCGAUGAGUGUGAUACGCCCUCAUCAUCAUUUUCUUCAACGUAGAGCCCCUAACCAUAUGAUAUGUCUUAUAUAGUUUACGCUUGUUAAUAACGUGCAGGAGUGGGUUGAGUUGGUACCUUAAUCCUUGUUAUGAGGGAGAGGGGAUGAUGUACAGAUGUAUUUUGUAGCAAAAGUGGAAUUUGUAGCGUCUUGAUUUUCUUGUAUUAUUAAACUGUGGCAGUUUGAGAUAGUUCCAAGUGAAUUUUGUAUGGAAAGAUGAAGGAUUAGUUGAGCUAAGGAAAUCACUAUUGGAGUA